GUACAAAUUUAUUUUUUUUCUCUUGUUUUUACAACAAUUUCUUAUAGUCGUCUAGAGAAAACAGUGUUAUAAUGAGUUACCUGUUAUUGUACACUUAACCAGUAUAAGAUAAUAUGCCUGAGGUAAUACUCAACUCGAAUGGUUCGUCUCCAUCGUCGUCUGAACUACUUCACCGUGUUGGCUACUAGUCUAACAACACCAGCUCAGUGUUUGUGUAUGAAAAAUAAAAACAUCACUUAUCUAAUUGCUGCUACUGGCUACAUGCAAAGUGUAUCCGACAAUAUUUGUAAAUAGUUAGUUUGCCGUGAUAGGUAUUAUACCGACGUACGCGCCGUGGGGCAAUUUGGACGUUUGUGAUUUUUUAUUGUUUUUUAAUUUAAAACUCUCUAUCGGAUCUGCGCACCGAGAAAAAGAAAAAAAAUCCACUACCUACAAUCUGUGUGACCGUCGGAGCGAGAUAGAGCAAAAAACAACAAGCUUGUUCCCCAUGCGUGAGCAUCUCGACACCUACUUUUCGCCUACUGCCUACACUUGCCGGCCGAGGCGACACAAAUCUCUGGUAAUUUUGUAGUUUCCGCUUCUUUAUUAGUCAUUUAAUCAUCUUACGUUGUUGUUUUUUUGUUGCCUCUUCGUCGUUCUCUGUCAAUCAAUCGACGGUCAUUGACGGUGCCGGUCGCAAUGGUGCGUUUUUGUUUUCGUUGAUGAUCUCUAUAGCAGUAGAGAGUACCUAAUUCUGUUGGAACCCAGUUGUGGUAGCCGCUCCUCUUGGGAAGUGCACUCCGGUCGUUUGCGUUUAAAUGGUUCUCGCGUACCCAAAAACCUUUGGCGAUACUUCAUUAUGCUAAUAACGGAAUAACAUUCAAGUAGUCUACUCGAUACGUUCUUGGAUACGCCAUCUUGUAAAAGAGUGACGCUCACUCUCACAGGGACACAUCCAUGGCGUUAUUGUGGACACCGUUGAGGUUGAUCGAAACGGAAACAAAGUCUACGGCAGUAACUACCCAACUUCAAGUGCAGUCCCCAUCGGAUCCGGCCAUUGCAUCUGUGCUCCAUCCCCGUCACACUCCGCGGCCGGGUCGUAUACUCUUGGAGAACGUAAACAACCGGCCACAAACAAUGGACCGUGGUACUCAAGCCAACACAGCUACCACAAUAUUGGACACCAAUGACACUCCAUCUACCAGCAAUGAACCCACUAACAACGAAUUGUAUCGCAAUGCCAACAUCAGUGUCAACAAUCAAAAACUGCUUUCGAGUGGAGGUGUUAGUUCUUCAGCGGACAGCUUAAACAGUGCAGAUUCGGCAAAGCGAGACAAUGAAGAUUCUGUGCACGAGUCAGUCGAAAGUAAUCAACCUAUGAUCAGCAAAGACAACACAGAUGGUCAUCCAAACAUGAGUAACGGUGAUGGCAAGUUUCCUGGAAUCGGUUGUGAUAAACCCAGUAAUGGUAUUGUUAAAGAGUACCCAGUUGAAGAUGAUGCAGAUAAAACUAGUUGCGGCAUGGAGUGCUUAUAUUUUGCUAUGCAAUGCUGUGAGUGUACAAUAAUGUGAUGAUACUGCAGUUCCAUAUCUCUUUUUUUUUUUCUAAGUUAUGAACAUUUAACUAAAACUUAACUAUUUUUAUGUGUACAAUUAUGAGGGAAUAUUUAAAAUAAUGUAAAAUAUGAUUGAUUAUGGUCACGAUUGCCUUCUUGUUCUAUUAUAUGUAAAAGACUGCCGUGACCGUGUUCAAGUCUUAACUUUUACCUAACAGGUCUUCCUUUUUUUUAUAUAAUAUUUUUUUUUAAAAUUCCAAUAUUUUAAUAUUAAGUAUUAUAUUGUCUUAUUUGUUGUGUUAUUUAUCAAUUUCCUUUGUAAACUAUAUAUUGUAAUAUAUAGUUAAUUAUUAAUAUCAGCAACAA